AGCAGUAAUCCACAAGCUAUUGGUUCCAGAUAAGCCCCGAUAGGCACAACAGCAGUGGGGAGUGUUAAUCAUUCUCAAUAAACAUAGACCUGAUUAGCGCAAGAGCCACAUCCGAAUCCAAGGCCCUGGGAAAUGCAGAUCGUGACAUAAAUGGAAGUGGAGUCAUCUGUGGCCUUGCCCAUAUAUCAACGUGUUGCCGGGCGUAGAUCCUGUGUAGAGAGUCAAUAAGCACAGAAAAUGGACGUGAACUGGGAUAAUUUACUCCCUCAGAAAGCUUCGGUGCCGGCUUUCAUCUGUCCAGCACCCAAUUGCGGCAGGUCCUUUUUACGAAAGGGCCAUCUGAACCGGCAUCGUCGCAGUCACCGGCCAUAUCGUCCUCACAAAUGUUUCAUAUGCUCUCGGAGUUUUGCCAGAAGUGACAUCCUCAACCGACACGUCCUCCUUCACAACGUCCCUCCCGAAGGCCCUAAACGAACCCUGCUUGCCUGCCAAACCUGUCGACGGCGAAAGAUAAAAUGCGAUUCCAACGAGCCUUGUUCGACCUGCUGCAACCUGGGCAUUCAGUGCGUCCGACAGCCGUCGAGCGUGCAGGCGGCCAAUUUGACGGCAAUAGAGUAUGACACCAACGACGACACCGAGAUAUACUGUGAUGACGAAGAGAAGGGAACGUCAAGUUUAAAUGUUUCCCACGACGAGCUAGCCAUGCGUCAAAGCAAUGGUAAGGAUCUUUUGCCGUUUCUGGUAGACAAUGAUACAGGUUGGAUGGCCGAGGCUUCUGCACUAUUUCUAGAGAGCACAAUUAGUGAGGCCUCUAUGCCUAGUUUCGGCAAUCUCAAAUCGCCGGGAUCAGUGCCGACCUUGACUUGGUCCCCUCAGUUUGACUAUCAAUUGGAGCAUACGUCGUCUGCCGCAGUUUCUCAAACCUCGUCGGAUACACCUACACAGUCCAGUCUUGAUGAUUUCCACAGAAUGUGGCCCCAUAUACACCAAUUUACGAUACAACACACACCACCAUCCGGUCUACUAGGUCAGGCCUUGCAAUCUGUUGCUCACAAUACCACGAAUAUCCUUGACACUGUAACCCUGGAUGAAAUCGCAGGUCGGCUUUUGUUAUCGCAUCCUACCAGGAAACAAUCUUCAUCUGUUUCCCUUUAUGAUCUCCAGGCCCUGUCUGUAGUACUCAUCACAACUGUUAGCCAGGAGAUGACACCGGCUGUGGCCACUUGGGCUGCUCAGUGGAUUGAGAUUGCUGUCAGCGCUAUGCGCCGCCUGGGGAUAUUAACCGAAGGCUCUUGGAAGCCGCCGAACAGCUCAUCGCGGGCAGAUGACGAAGCCUGGGUUCGAGGAGAAGAGAGUAAAAGACUCGUCUACACCAUGCUUCGCAUCGACACCUAUCUCAGUAUCAUCACCGGCCGGCCCCCAUGCCUUCGAGUCCAAGAAUUGGAGCUUCCGCUACCCGUUACAGAGGAUCUCUGGAGAGCACCGACAAUCGAAGCCAGGCGACAACUGUACUGGUUUGAGCCCGCUGGGCGGACUUGGACCACACUGAGCGCCAUCGUGCGAGAUGGCCUCAUCCAGUCUCGAAAUCCAAUUGCUGACACGGUCGGUAUGCCUCCUUUGUUACCCGCAGAUAGUCAUUUGGUCCUCUGUGCCCUCCAAGGAGAAAUUUGGGCGACGGCACAAGAGACGUAUAGCCUCAACCAUGGAACGUUAGAUUUCAGACCAUCCUGGCAUGCACCCGAGUCUGUGCAUUUCUGGCAUAACUACCUUGUAGACUGGAAGACAAUCCAUAAUAGACCUGAACCAUCCUCAGCGCAGAUCGACGACCCCGCAUGGAAUGGCCUCAACACAAUACAAUUCCAUCUGUGCCAGUUGACGCUCCAUGCUCCCUUGUCGCUACUCGAGUCGCAACAAUGUUGCACACGCUGUCGUGCUGCGGAUAUCACAGCCAUGCUGCACGAUUGGGCAUCGUCGUUGGAGGCUCGACGCGCGGUAUAUCAUGCAGCCCAGCUGCAGCGUUUUUUUGACAGUCAGGCUGGGUUUGUCAAUUCCUUGCAGUCCCCAGCACUUCUCGCCAGUUCUGUGGUCUUAUGUAACUAUGCUGCGGAAAGGAAUCCCCUUCCUAAUGGGGAUCCUAUCGAGCUGUGCCAGGAGGAAGUCAGCGGUUCGUCAGCUAUUGAAAAAUGGGUUCAAUAUGGAGGGCCCUCCAUGGUUUUUGGGCGAAUGCUUUGUCCAACGAACUUACCAGGACUGUUCGCAUGGUGUCAAGAGCAGUUAGUGAUGUUUCCGCAGAGCCUGGCAAGGUUGGAGGCGUUCAUGGCGAUGCUAUCAUAGUUUUCGAGGUAGUGAAUCAGAAUAAUGCUGGGCGAGUCC